AUGAGGCAAACACUCCCACAGUGCUUCAGCCAUCACCAUCUUGUCAGUAGUCUUGAUUAUUGACAAUUCGUUUUCAACACCUAAAGCAUCAGCCAAUCAUAUUUUUGCAUUGCCAGGACAACUUAUGAUUUACAUGUAUUUGCUCUGGCUAUAGGAGCUGUCUGCCACCCUUGGCUUUGCUUCUCACACGUGCAUGCACUCCCCUCACUAAAUCUGUAGAAAAAGAGAAAUUGUUUGCAGUCCAGCAAUUAAAAAUUUCUAAAAAGUUUUUAGAAACAAUGGAUAAUUCCUUGUGAAACGAGGGUCAAAUGCUUUUAAUUUUGUCCCAAGGGUAAUUUACCAGGCAAUGUAAACCUUUUAAGCCUGAGAUUCCACAAAUAUAUAUUGGAAUGUAUAAAGUGGCUUUGUGAAUCAAACCGAAGGACUCCUUUGGGACCUUAAUUUACCAGGCAAUGUAAAGCUUUUUUCAGCCUGAAAUUCCACAAUGUAAUAAUAAUAAUAAUAAUAAUAAUAAUAAUAAUAAUAAUAAUAAUAAUAAUAAUAACAAUAAUAAUAAUAAUAACUCUGUAGAAUCUUUGGAAAUCCAGAUCUUCCUUUUCCAGGGAGUGGAAAGAGAGAAACUUUACUGAUGCUUUUUUACUAACUAUAAGCUACAUGUAUUAUUUUGACAAAAUUUUAGCUCUUCAUGCCAAAACCUACAGUGAAGGUGACAAAAAAGCCAACUCAGCGAAGUGGGGUUAAGCGUAAGAGACAAGACACAGUCAACCAGACAACACCAUAUGAUGAUCAUUACCCACAGUCAGAGAAUCUUGGUGUAAAGAAUCGGCUGCGAAGAUCAUCACGCCUCAGAGGGCAGGUUAGUAUUUACAUAUAUAAUAAUUAUUGAACUAUGCAAAGAGCCUGUCAUUUUUAUACAGACAGUCACUUUUGGAAGGGGUCUGACAAUCUAAGUGCCAGCGAGCCAUUAUGUUGCAUUAAUUUUUGCAAGCCACAAAAAUAUAGUUUUAUGGAAAAAAGAUUAAUGUUAGCUUUAAGUUAAAAUGUUUUCCACAUUGCUGCUCUUCCAGUUUUUUUGUAUUUACUUUUUCAAAUGGCUUGCUGGCUUGCACUGUGACCCAUAACUGCUUUUUGAACUAUUUGGUCUGACAAUACGGGAGUUUAGUUAGAAUGACAUACUUAUGACACUUAUGACAUACUUACAACAGUAACAAAAACAAUCUUUAUUCGUGCAAUUGCUCUUUUUAUGCUAUUUCGUUGAUAUCCACCGGCUUAGGAGUCAAGAACUUAAUGAAUUUGGGGGAAGGACAUAUUAAUUGCAGGAUUAGGAAAGGACAAAAUAUGUCUGUAAAAUUACAAAAUAAUUAUGUGAAAUUAAGACUGUGAAUAAGACUAAAAAGGCAAGUUAUUUGUAGACUGUUAAGUGUUCCUGAGAGAAUUAACAAUGCAUGUUUUAGUUAUUACUAUUCAAGGAGCACAUACUGUACGCUGUAGUCAGGCAAUCUGCAUAAGAAUUAUAGAAGGCAUAUAAAAGAUAAGAAGCUUGAUCUCUUUAAGUACAUUGUCUUAUUUCCUUUGUAAAAUAAUUUGAUUACUAAGUUUGAGGUUUAUUUGAUCUUUUCUUAAGGAGCCAACCACCAACAUUCAAUGUGAUUGGAACAUAGAGGAUGACGAAAGUGAUGAGGACUACAAGAAGCCCCUCAGGGCACCAGGAAACCGAGAAAAUGUUUUUGGAGAAAUUCCAGGUACAAGACUAUUGUAGCUCAAAUUACUCUUGAAAAAAUCAGAGAGGUUAUUUGAGAUAGCUGAUUCUACUCAAACAGACAGUUCUACAGAAUAUGUAUGUGUGUGUUUGUGUGUAUGUGUGCUGUAUAAAGUAAGGUUUAUGCCUAGAUAUUGGGUUUUGACAUUGUUUUCCUGACUGUGAUUAAUACUUUUUCAAUAGAAUUUAAAAAUAUGUCCUUUUUGUAUUCUAUCGGUAGGUUGUCCAGUAGGAACAAUAUGGAGCACAAGGCUAGAGUGCUGUAUUGAUGGUGUACACAGGUUGGCUAAUUUAUUUCUUCUGGUAACACAGGCAAACUCUCCAAUAAUUGUGUCAUCUCAUACAAUUACUGUAUUUUGCAAGUGAACCGUAGUUACUAAAACAUGGAACGACCUAAAACCACCUAAAACCAUCUACAACCACCUACAACCACCUCAAAAAAUUCAGCAACCACCUACAACCAUCUACAACCACCUCAAAAACAUCUACAACGACUUGCAAACAAUCUAAAAUGGAUUACAUUCCUAAGAACAAGUUAAUUUUUUUAGCAUCUGUUUAUCAUUGGCCAAACAUGUUUGUACAUUCCAGGUGACUCCUUUAGAUGAACCCUCAUAGUGUCUUUCACACCCGUUUCCUGUGUCAUCACGCAAGGCUAAACUCCCUUGUGUCACGACACGGGAAACAGAGACUAGGUGUAAUCAUUGUUAAAAAUGUUAUUAAAAAAAUCUAUAAUCCAAUCUUAUUUCUUAGUUUUGUGUUAAGCCAAUGGUUGAUGAUACAAGGGACCAGGGAGAGUAAGAUUUUAGCGGGAAGUGGAUGUUUUGUCCGAUUCUCGUAUUUCAUGUACAUGACAUGUUGUCGUCUUGCCUUAUUUCAGACAUUUUUACCUUGUUUUAGAUGGUUUUAGAUUGUUUACGCGUGGUUGCAGAUGUUUUUCAGGUGGUUGUAGAUGGUUGUAGGUGGUUGUUGAAUUUUUUGAGGUGGUUGUAGGUGGUUGUAGAUGGUUGUAGAUGGUUUUAGGUGGUUUUAGGUCGUUCCAUGUUUUAGUAACUACGGCAAGUGAACCGCCUCUUGACUUGGUUCAAGUGCUCAGGAGAAAUGUUUGUUAUACUACAGUAAUGUACAGAAUUUGUGAUUUUGGCAGCAUUGUGAGCUGCUUAAAGAUCAAGUUAAGUGCCCUGGACAUCAUGGAGGUUGCAUAAAAAAUCCAUAGCGACCUAACUUAUUAUUCAUCAGACUAAUCUUUCUUACAUUGUAUCAAGAGCAAAAUUUCUGUUAUUUGAAGGAUUUCUCCCAAUCUCUUGAAUCAAGCCUUAGAACAGCCAUAAUUAUGAAAUAAGGUAAAUGUAUGAGAUCACAUAUGUUGCAAAACAUCACACUGCCUUGAAUACUUUGGACGCCUGUUCAGAUGCUUGGAAUUGUAGUUCUCAAACUCAUUAAUAAUUUUAUUAUUCAUGCAUUCAAAAGUCAGUGAAUAUUAUGACCAUUUUGGGUCAGCUAGAUGAAUCUUGAUGCCUAAUGAAACACUAGAUAACACACCACUAGGUUUUCAUCUACGAUCAAACACUUGCAUUUCAACUCAUGCCAACACCAUGUCACUGUAUAAUUUUGUAUUGUUUCAUUUGAGAAGACGUGUCAAAACCUUUGGCUUCAUGAUUCAUCAUGGGUUCCAAACGCCUGGAAACAGAUGAAAGCAUGUCGUCAUACAGUGUACACUGUAUUUCAUCUGUUUCUCGGAGUUUGGAACCUGUGAUGAAGCACUCACCCUCUUUUUUAGUAUAUUACUUCAAGCCCUGUAUGGCAUGUAGGUUGAAACAGAUAAUCAAGAAGCAAAGUCAGUAGUCAGUUUGGAUAAUAAUUAAAUUAUUAAUAAUUUUUAAUUCUUAAUGCUUAAGGGCUGUUACAUGUACCUUUUUUGUCUUCAUUUUAAUGAAGCUGUGUUUUAUUUUUUGCAGACCAACAGUAGCUGGUAUUCAUGGUAAUGAAGUGGAGGGAUGUUACUCUCUUGCUUUGUCUGGUGGAUAUGAAGAUGACCUGGAUUAUGGAGAAUUUUUCACCUACACUGGAGCAGGUUAAAACUGUACCGUACUGUCUGAGGCCUACACAAUGUAUUCAUUGUGUUGUCACUACACUAAAACGUACUUUGAUCCACCCUCACGGCUGUAAUUAGUGUUGUGGCCGGUCUAGUCGGCAAAUAAUGGAAGAUUACAACGGAUUCAACCUUAGACGAUGGCUUUAUUUUCCCUACACGACUCGUGGUUCCUAACCCUAUACUCAGGUGUUCCAAUGCCCUACCAGGAGGGAGUCUGGGUCCUAAUACACAACAUCCCUCCCCAGUUAGAUAGAAAACAAUAACAUUUGGCAGAAGUAGAAACAGAAUAAUAAUUGGUCCCAUAAACGUAAACAUGGACUAGCAACAAUGUCAACAAUGUCUCUGAGAUUUCAGCGUCUCUAAAGUUUAAGUACAAUAGUCUUUGAGAUAACUUGGGGCCAGUCUGUGUCUCUGGGACCUCCUAAGUGGAACUUCAGGCUCAACAACAUUUGGUUCCGGUAUCACCACACUCUGCUGCGGGGUCGGUUUAUCCUGCUUGUAGGGCUCUCCGGUCACCACCACUUCCGGUAUACUUGGUGUAUCAUCACGUGUAUUACCAUUCUCUAGCAGUUUCUUUACAUGAGAUGUAUUGUGGGGAUAUUGGGCUCCUACUGGAGAUUGCACGAUCAAGCUGUUCCCAUGCUUGUUUACCACAGUGUACGGACUUGGUUCAAAACGGGUUGUGAGCUUGUUUUUCCUCUCUUGUUGCACUAGCACUUGAUCUCCAGGAAGUACCUCUGGGUACCUCGCAUUCCUUUGCAUGUCACCGUACGCUUUGCUGUUACUCUUCUGUUUAUUGUCCCUAUCACGCACUUCUUGUUCGACAUGUUCAUCGCUCAGCUCAGGAAGCUUGGUGCGUAUUUUGCGUCCGAAGAGCAACUCGGCAGGGCUUACACCAGUCGUUGAGUGAGGUAAGCUUCCGUACGCUGCAAGAUACCGUAUUUAUUCGAAUAAGCGCCCAACCUCGAAUUAGCGCCCAUCCCAAAGGCAGAAGAAGUUAAUAAGCGCCCAGCCUCGAAUAAGCGCCCACUCUCAAGGUCCAAAAAUUUAAUAAGCGCCCAGGGCGGUUAAUCGAAUAAAUACGGUAAACAUUCAGCUCUUUCUUCCAGUCAUUCUUUUCAGCAUGUGCGAUUUGGAGCCUUUUCAGAAGCGAGCUAUUUUGGCGCUCAACUUGUCCAUUUGCCUAGGGCCAUUUUGCUGUUACCCUGUGGUGUCCGAUUCCCUGCUGCUCCAUGUACUCUGUAAACUCUGUUGCUACGAACUGUGGUCCAUUGUCAGAUGUCAAGCUCUCAGGUAGACCAUGUCUUACAAAUAUCUCUUCCAUAUUCGAGAUGACUUUAGAGGCAACUGUAGAUCUCAUGAUGUCUAUCUCGUAGUAGCGACUAUAGUAGUCAACGACGACCAGAAUGGACUCACCAGUGGGGAGUGGUGGUCCAGUCGGCAAUGCUGUGCUCCUGAUAGGGUCUGGUGGGCUGGGACGGCUGACCAACUGACAUCCAUAGCAGGUUUUGCAGUGUUUUUCAGCAUCCUUUUCCAUCCCGGGCCACCACACUUUACUGCGCAACUUCUGUCUAGUUCCAACGAUGCCCAGAUGACCUUUGUGAGCGAGAGACAACACCCUGGGUCUGAGUUUCUUCGGGAUAACGAUUCUUGUCCCUCUUAGUAUCAAUUGUCCGAUGCUGCACAGUUCACUACUAGAUGGGAGUUUUUCUUGUAAGCUAGCUGAUCCCACGGUUUUCCGUUUAAGCAUUCCUUGACUGCACAGAGUUCUUCAUCGAUUGCUGAGGCUUCUUCCACUUCUCGUGUAGUCAUAACACAGGGGGUCGCAUAUAUGGCUACAAAUCUGACAUAUUGUUCGGCUUUAGCUGAGUGACUACUGCUGGUUUUUAGAUUUCCCACUAGCCUUGAGAGGGGGUCAGCAAUGUUGCUCGGCUCGGGCUCAUACUUGACCUUGAAUUUGUAUGGCUGCAUUCGUAAAACCCAUCUUUCAAUGCGUGCGCAGGCUUUUGACCUUGGGCCGUAAAUAACUUCCAGCGGCUUGUGAUCUGUAACAAGAUCAAAUGGCACACCAUACACAUAGGGAUGGAACUUUUCGCAGGCCCAUACGAGUGCCAGCGCCUCUUUCUCUGUCUGCGAAUAUCUUCUCUCGGUGUCUGUCAGACUACGACUUGCAUAGCAGAUGACUCUCCGUCCAUUCUUCUGCUUUUGGGUCAGUACCGCUCCCAGUCCAACUGUGCUUGCAUCGGCAAUUACUUGAGUUGGGGCAUCUUUGUCGAAGUACCCCAAAGUCUCAGCACAAGCCAAUCGCUCUUUUAGCUCCUGAAACACCCUCUUCUGUUCACCUUCAAACACGAAUGGGGUUCCUGACUUUGUCAGGCGACGUAAGGGCUCAGAUACCGUCUCUUGUAUCUGAACAGACCGCAGUGGGUAGUAAACGUAGUAAUCUCUCGGGAUUCUGGGGAAAGUUCAAGCUGGUGAUAUCCCCACUUAAGGUCAAGUUUGGAGAAUACCUUGCUGCCACUUAUGCUCUGAUUAAUCUCAUCAAAAGUAGGGAUCGGGUGUCUGGCUCUCCGUAUUUCCUCGUUAGCCCUUCGCAUGUCAAUGCAAAGACGGAUGUCACCCCCAGACUUUGGGACAACAACAUUUGGGUUAACCCAUGGUGUGGGCCCUUGUGCAGGUUCAAUAAUGUCUAGUUCAAUGAGUUCUUUCAUCUUUUCUUCCAACUUUGAUCUCAUGCUGAACGGAGUCCUCCGCAUCGGCUGUGCUACUGGCGUCACAUUGGGGUCGAUGUGGAGCUGUACUGCUCGGUCUUUCAACUUUCCAACGCCGCUGAAAACAUUUGGGCACUUUUGUUGCAGGAUUCCACCAAUGGUCUUUGGGUCUGCACUUUCUGCAACGAUGCCAAUCCCUCUUUUCAGUACGCCUAUACUAGUUGCAGUGUCCUUCCCCAGAAGGGGGUCUCCUUCACCAUUGAUCACACAAAACUUGGCACCAGCAGUGUUGCUUCCUGCAGAGACUUCACAGGAGAAUGUUCCUAUCACAUUAAGUGGUGUCUGGGAUGCGUAGGCAUAGAGUGUCCAACUCGAGCGAGCUGAUGCACACUUCACUUUGUUUUUCUUCAACCACUCCCAUGUUUCCUUGUCAAUGAUGUUAGUGCUUGCUCCAGAAUCUAUGAUCAUGUUCAGCUCACAACCUCCAACGGUUACUUCAAUUUUCUCCUCAUUCCUGUCUCCUAUCGUAAAAGCAUACACUGGUUCCUCUUCUUCGUUGUUGCAACCAACCAUAUUUGCAGCACCUCCCUUGGGGUUCCUGUGGCCUUUGGUUUGUUUUUGCUUUUCUUCACCUUUCUGCUUUGUCCUGCACUGCUCUUGAAAAUGUCCUUCCAGCCCACAUCGAUGACAGAAUUGACCUCUUGCUGGACAGUUAGAAUCUCGACCGAAAUGUUCGGUUCUACCACAUCGGUAACAAGUUUUCUCACGGCCGGUUUUGGUACCUCGUGACUGAUUUCUCUUGCCAUGGCCUCUCUUUGUUCCGUCUAUGCGGUUUACACUAGCUGAAUUCUCUCCCUUUUCCUCUAUGCUCAUUGCAGCAAUCUGUGCGUCGACUUUUUCGCAGUUCUCGGCGAUUUCAAGCGCUCUAGCUAAAGUGAGGCCUUACGUGCUGAUGCACUUGCAGAGGAUUUCACCACGAAUUUGGUUAUCUCUGUCUUCGCCAUAGUCACAAUCUUUCGAUGCUCGUCUGAGUCUAGUUGCAAACUGUCGGAUUGUUUCCCCUGGUGCGUGAAUUAGCUGUCUGAAACAGUGUCUAGCAUACGUAGUGUUGACUUUGGGAGCGAAGUAUGGGUUCAGUGGAUCGACUGCUUUCCGGUAAUCUUUCACAUCUCCCGUGUUCGGCAGGGUAAGGAAAAUAUCUUGAACAUCGGGUCCCGCGAAAUGGAGCAUUAAUGCACAUUACCUUUGCCUGUUGUUCGCAUUGUCUUCAUUUAGAAUUAAGCCUUUUCCGUCUGCAAAUAGUUCGAAAGCUGUCAGCCACCGCUUCCAUCGCAAGCCAAGCGUGUUUUGGUCCCCAUGACAGUCGAAUGUUUUGAUAUGGUUUCGUUCAUUAUCGUCCAUGUUUCUCGCGAACUUUUUGUCUCGUUGACUUCUUGGGGUCUUAUUUUACCCUCGUCGCCAAUGUUGUGACCGAUCUAGUCGGCAAAUAAUGGAAGAUUACAACGGAUUCAACCUUGGACGAUGGCUUUAUUUCACCUACACGACUCGUGGUUCCUAACUCUAUACUCAGGCGUUCCAAUGCCCUACCGGGAGGGAGUCUGGGUCCUAAUACACAACAAUUAGAGCUUGUAGUAAUAGUUUACUUGUGAUUGUGAUGUAUUAUUUUAAAUUUCCUUUUUUUAUGUGCAGGUGGAAGGGAUUUAAAAGGCACAAAAGCUAACCCUAAGGUAUUGACUCGAUGGUACAUGUAGCUGGAUAUUGUUGUACAUGUACCUCUGUGCUGAGAGAACAGAUGUGUUAGAUAAUUAUUAAUUCAUUAAGCAGUGGCGGAUUCAGGGGAGGGGCCCGGGGGGGCCCGACCCUCUUAUUUUUAGACCAACUGAGGCCUGAAGGGCCAAAAAAAUUUGUUUUGGAGACCAGGCCCCUCCAUAUCUAAGGGUCUGGUUGACCGGGCUGCCCUCCCCCUUACAUUGUAUCUCAAGGUCUGGAUCUGGCACUGUUAAGCAACAGUGUGGUACAUGACAAAUUGUUUCAGUGUUUGAAGAGAUUCAUCUAUUUACUGUACAAGAUAUUCUACUUAUGACAGCUGUCAUCCAUUGACAGGUAUUUUUUGGGUAUUCUUGCUAUGUUUUUAAGACAGAAGUUCGGCUAUAUUGUUUUUCAUCUAACUUGUUUGAAAACGCCUUGCAUCACUGAGUUUCCCAUGAUCACUUUUUGGGGGAUAUUUGAGGUAAUUAUGAAGGAAAGUUGGGGCAGAAGGAACUCUUUUUGCUUGUUUUGUGCUCCCCACUAAGCCUUGGGAAAGCCUAGCUUCCUCCGCAGGCUGCACUGUCCUGUUUUAGAGAACGAGUUGGAGAAUGGGGAGGGAACGGGGAGCUCACCACAUUUUUUUAAUCCUUUUCUCGUCCUCAGACUCCUCAUGGUCAGUGUAACCGGAAUUGCCUGCAUAGGAGGCAAUGGAAGGCCUAUGGAGGAGGCGGGUUUUGAAACCGUUCCCACUUUCUGUACCUCUGCACUGCCAAAAGAGCUUAGCCACGUCACUUCUUCUUCUUCGCAUGACACCUGUGAAUUCCUUUUUCAGUUGAAUAGUAGCUAUAGCCUGAAUUUCAUCCGAUUACUUCGAGUCCUUAUUACUCCCUCAGUAACGUCUGAAUCAACCAGCCGUUAAUGCCGUCCAGUGACGUCACUACUCCUUGACCUUGGCUUUAAUUCAUGCAAAAAUUAAAACACGAUUGUUAAGUGGCAAACCGAGAAAUGUCGUUUGGAAAUGUCUGGAUGAUAAAGAACUGCUUUAUGUUUUUCGAUCGUAAUUCAUGUUUAACGUUCAAACUAUCUGAACUAUCUAACUCUGAACUGGUUGUACUAAAUUCUAUCAAACUCGGUCGCAACCAGGCAAAGAAAUAAACACACAAACUGAACACUUAGUUCAAAAACACAAUGAUUUGCUUUAAUUAAAAAAAAGCUAUUUGGUCCUUAACCAAGAAAAAAAACAAGGAGACAAGAAAGAAAAGCUAACAGAAUUAUUACACUUGACGGUAAAAAUAGCAAGAAGGUCGAAUUAUAACAUUGAUCUCGGAAAACUUCGAGUAAACAAAAUCACCGGCCGCCGAAACUUCAAAGCGGCUCUAAAUGAAAAACCUACCGACUCUCCGCAAUGAUUCUUCAUCCGCAGUUCAAUUUAGCAUUUCAGUUUCGAAGACAAGGGCAAUUUUGCUGUUUAAGAUAAAGAUUAAGCUUAUCGAAAUGUUUGAACUAAACGAAAGAAUGCCAGGGAUGCGAUCUGCUGAAUAUCAAGCGACAAUCCCGCUAAAAUUUUUCAUAAUUAUGCGAAUGUUUAGACAAUCAACCAAUCAAAAUCACUACCCGGUUUUCGGGUAGUGAUUGACGUCACUGGACGGCAUUAACGGCCGGUCUAUUCAGACGUUGUCGAGAGGAGAAAACGAUUCGAAGCAAUCGGAUAAAUUUCAGGCUAUAGUAGCUAAUUAUUGCAGUCAAUUGUAACUAGCAGAAAAAAUCAGCAAAUUUGGCAGAUUUGUCAAAACUAGCUGGUUAUGACGAAUAACCUGGGAAAUUAAAGCCUGUUAGAAAUGGAGAUAAUAAUAAAUAGUAAUAAAAGUAAUUUUUUAAUAAUAAUUGUUGAUUUUUCAACAGAAUCUACGAACUGCUCCACAAUCAAAAGAUCAAACGUUGACUAGAGGUAGAUAAAUUAUUGUUCUGUUUUAAGUUUACUUCGUGUGUCCUUUAUCGUUUGGCAGUACAUGUAAAUUAAUGUUCCCUUUUCAUGCAUAACAGGAAAUUUGGCGUUGAGUCGAAAUGUUGAAAAUGGUAAACCGGUGCGAGUCAUCAGAGGAUACAAGUUAAAAAGUUCUUAUGCUCCUGAGGAAGGAUACAGAUAUGAUGGUGAGAAAACUUAAGAGUAGAUCAAAGUUCUCCCUACAAUAUUGCUGUUUAAUCAAACCUAAAGAUUAGGAGAAUAAAGGAAAGUAUCAGGGAAGAUGAAAUUAUCAUAAAUUUCUAAAAAAAUCUUAAAAUAUUAUUGAUUUCUUCUUUAACAACGGCAAUGAGUUUAUCCAAGUAGUGUUGUUGUUGUUGCUUGCUGUCUUUCGUCUUUUACAGUGUGAGAUCAUUGUUCACAUGCUAGGCAUAAUAAUUAUUUUUCUUUUUGGAUGCAUGCAUAUAUGAAAUCUCUGCUUACUGACACUGUAUUGUUCUUUCCUUUUUAGGCCUGUAUUCAGUAGUCAAGUACUGGCAAGCUCGCGGAUUAAGUGGUUUCUUAGUUUAUAAAUUUGCACUUAAGAGAUGUGAUGGACAAUCCUCUCCACCGUGGGAGCAGUCGGAUGAAGAAGAAAACAAGGAUCCCGAUGCCACUGAAAGUGACAGUUCUUAGAGCAUAGAUAUACAGGUUUAGGCCGUUUAGUCGAGCUCGCGAAGUUUUCGUAUAUCGUUGUAGUCCGUGACCACAGAGGUUACCUACCUAUUUAGAUGUUUUAACCGAAGUAUCGGAUGC